UACACAAACACACAUCCACUCUCUACAAUAGUCUACAUUCCUAUUUUGAUUCCAUCAUUUUGAUUCAAUCCCAAUUUUCUGAAAACCAUGAUCUCCUCCAUCUUCUUUUUAUACAAACCCUUUAAUUUCAAUCCUUAUAAUAAUAGACCUUAAAUUAAAUAAAAAUAUAAAAAUAAAAAUAAAAAAGAAAUGAAAUUUGGGAAAGAAUUUGGGAUACAUAUAGAACAAACAUUACCUGAAUGGAAAGACAAAUACUUAUGUUACAAACUUCUUAAAAAAUUCCUUAAACAACGUCUUCCUGAUCUUCAUCAUCAUCAUCCUGGUGGGGAUGCUGCUGUUCUUCCUCCGCCUCCGCCGCCGCAUGUUGCCGCCGUCGAUCGGAACUUUCCUCCGGUGCCACCCCACUUGGGUGAUCUGCAAGAUUGGUUUGUUAGAGUUCUUGAUGAUGAGAUUGAAAAGUUUAAUGAUUUUUAUGUUGAUAAAGAAGAAGAAUUUGUCAUCAGAUUUAAGGAGUUAAAAGAAAGAAUUGAGCGAGUUAAGGAGAAAAGCUGGAAAGAUGGAAACUUUACUUCGGAAAGUGAAUUCAGUGAUGAGAUGAUGGCGAUUCGCAAAGACUUUGUCACGAUCCAUGGGGAGAUGGUUCUUCUCAAAAACUAUAGCUCCUUGAAUUUUGCAGGCAUUAUAAAGAUUUUGAAGAAGUAUGACAAAAGGACUGGAGGUCUCUUACGUGUACAUUUUACACAACUUACCCUUCGUCAACCCUUCUUCACGACAGAGCCUCUUACCAGAUUGGUACAUGAGUGUGAGGAAAAUCUUGAACUCCUUUUCCCUUUAGAAGCUGAAGUAAUCGAAUCGUCUAGCAAACCAGAUGGCGAGACGUCCGAUACAAUAACCACAUCAGUCAAGGUAGAAACUUCAGAUGUAUAUAAACGGACAAUUGAUGCGAUGAGAACAAUAAAGGGUCUUAAAAAGGAAAGCUCUACCUCGAAUCCACUUUCAUUUGGAUCUAUUUUUGGCAACCAGGAUGUCGACACAGGUGCCAUAACUAAUGGGGACUCUCCCACUAACUCAUCAACUUCUCAUAGUUAAAAGGGAAGAGAAUUGUGAAUUUGUGAUGCCGAACUGAUGGAUACCCGAAUACGAUAAGUUUUUUGUUUUAGUACUAAAUAGCUUAUGUUACUUGUGUUUUGCAUUAUAUAUAUUUUUGUUUUCUUGGGAAGCAUUGGGAAAUCAGAACAAAUUUCUUGUACAACUAUGCGUGUUUGUUCAUACAUGUUAAGAAUAUUUGAGCAGUCUGUAACAUGUAUUCCUUUAAUAAGGUUCAUCAACUUUGGUUGAUAUGCCAAAACUAUGUUAUCCUAAAGAUGAACUUACCAUUUGAUCUA